AUGGAUCAAUGGAAUCUUUUAUCAAAUUUAGUUAAUUGUUUCGAUGAAAAUAGUGGAUAUGCAUUUGUUGAACGUUUUAUAGACGAACAAAAUCGAUUACCACUCAAAUUACGAUUCAAAUAUUCAUCAGUUAAUCAUUUUUUUAUAUUAAUGAUGAGUAAAGUUCAACGUGUAUUCGAAAGAAAUCGUGAUUUUCUUUUAUUAUCUCCACAUGAUCGAACUAUUUUACUUGAAAGUACAGCUGAAUAUACAGCAACUAUUGGUGGAAUGUUUCUUUUACAUCAAGCAAAAUUAUUAAAUGAUUUAACAUUCUUUAAAUCUGCUGAAAUAAUAUUUCCACCAUCUGUUAUGUUUUUUGCACAACGUGUUAUUGAUCAAUUUGAUUCUGAUGAUACAUUUAUUAAAUUAGUACUUACAAUUCUUGCUUUUUCAACAAUCAAUUAUACUGUAUAUAGAAAAAAUAUACCAAUUAAUUUAACAAAUAUCACAACAAUUUUACCUAUUCAAGAUAUGUAUACAGAUUUAACAUGGCGAUAUCUUUUAUAUAAAUAUGGUCAUCACGAAGCUGUAAUACGUUUUUCAAAUCUUUUAAGAUGUCUUUUUUCUGUCAGUGAAACAAUUGUCGAAGCACACAAAACACAACAAUUUAUAGAUAUAAUUGAUUAUGUUGUUGAACAAACUGAACAAACACUUUUUGAUUAG